AAAAAUUAGGGAAUCAAUUGUUGAUAGGCGAAUAAUGGCAAUAAUAUCGUUAACAGUAAUCAUUGAAGUUGCUCUUGAAAUUAUCACUUGCCAUUGAAAGUGAUAGAAAUAAUCAAUUAGGCGUUAUAUGGUGUUCACAAUCUCUUUUAAUCGAUCUGAUUUAUUCUGCUAUACUCGUAAUAGUGUAGGUGAAGUGAGAAGUGUGGCUGUUGGCCAAGUUUAGUGGACAUUAGUAAAUAAGAUAAAAGUAGAUGUAAAAAUGCUGCAACUUAUUUUAAUAGCGAUAUUUCUAAUCGCCCUGUUCUACUAUUUUGGCGUCAAGCCAAUGUACCAUUGGAAGGAAUUGGGCGUACAGCAAACACCAGCGGUAUGGGUCUUCGGAGAUAAUUGGAAAAAUAUCCUAAAAUUAGAAAGUUUCGCUGAGAUGGUGAAAAGAGUGUACGAUGAAGUACCAGGAGUUAGUUACUCUGGUAUGUACCAAUUCACGACCCCAACCUUAGUCCUUAAAGAUGCUGAGAUAAUUAAACAAAUCACCGUCAAGGAUUUCGAUCAUUUUUUGGAUCGCCGUUCGUUCGUUUCUGAAGAAGCCGAUCCAUUAUUUGGAAAAAACUUAGUUUCCCUCAAAGGUCAAAAAUGGCGAGAAAUGAGGCCGAUUUUGAGUCCCUCGUUCACCAGCAGUAAAAUGAAAGGUAUAUUCGUGCUGAUAUCGGACUGCGCCAAAACGUCCACGGAGUACUUCUUAAACAAAAACCAGGACAUCGUGGAAGUCGAGAUGAAAGAUACAUUUACUCGCUUCGCCAACGACAUUAUAGCUUCCGCUGCCUUCGGAAUCAACAUUGAUUCCCUCAAGGACCAAGAGAACGAAUUCUAUGAGAUGGGAAAAAAAGCCGUUAAUUUCAGUGGUUUCUGGCAAAGGAUAAAAUUCUUCGGAUUCUUUCUAUUUCCGAAGUUAUUUGCUAUGUUAAAAAUACCGCUAUUCGAUAAAGUUGUCGAAAAAUUCUUCACGGAAAUUAUUGACGACAACAUCAAAAUGCGGAAAGAAAAAGGUAUCGUCCGUCCUGACAUGAUUCACCUUCUCAUUGAGGCUCAAAAAGGAAAGGACAAGGAGGAAGAAGAGAAUCAAGCCAUCGACAAUGGAUUUGCCACUGUUGAAGAAUCGGAUCUCGGCCAAAAAAGUAAAUCAGGGUUCAAAAAAUUAACGAAUAUGGACAUUGUUGCUCAAGCUAUGAUAUUCUUCUUCGCCGGCUUUGACACCGUAUCGACAGCGAUGUGUUUCAUGGCCUACGAAUUGGCAAUCAAUCCGGACGUACAAAAAAAACUCAGAGACGAAAUUCAGGAAACCCUCAACGAAUGCAAAGGAACUGUAACCUAUGAGGCCGUAUUGAAGAUGAAAUACAUGGACAUGGUAGUGUCAGAAUCAUUAAGAAAAUGGCCGAGUGCCGUAGCAGCAGACAGGGUUUGUACAAAGCCCUACACGAUCCAGCCGGUUGGUUCCGACGAAAAGCCGGUGCACUUGGCAAAAGGCGACGUAGUAUGGUUGCCCAUAUUCGGUCUUCACCGAGAUCCCCAGAUAUACCCGGAUCCGGAUCGAUUCGAUCCGGAAAGGUUCAACGACGAUAACAAGGGUGAUAUCAAUCUGUACACGUACAUUCCCUUCGGCGUAGGCCCGAGGAAUUGCAUCGGUAACCGGUUCGCUCUGUUGGAAAUGAAAGUUAUAUUCUUCCAUUUGUUGUCUCAAUUCGAACUCGUGCCCAUCGCUAAGACUGAGAUUCCCCUUCGGAUUUCUAGAGAGAAUAUAAACAUGCAAGCUGAUGGCGGAUUUCCAUUGGGUUUGAAGAGGCUGAGUAAAUAAGUGUGCUUGUAUCAUAUAAGGUGUUGUGUAUUAAAGGCGUUGGUUUAUUCAUUUUUGUAAUGAAAUUAUUCUUACAUUAGAAUUUAUCUGUAGGUAUAAAAUUAACAUUUUGAUUAAAAAAGGUGUUUUUAAUAACAUUCUAAUAAUGAAGAGGAAAUGCAUUUAAUUUUUGUAUGCUAAAAAAUUUGAUAUUGUUCACAUGUAUAUGGAAAUAAAACGUAA